AUGGAAAAAAAACGCAUACUGCCUAUAUCUGUGUCUUUAGGUGAAGUCAUGCCGGCAAAGAAGGGUGCGCAACAGUCACCACUGUUUGAGGUGUCACCACGGUGGAUGCAACGCGCAGCGGAGGGGAUCGCGUCACGCAACGGUAUGUUGCUGACGGAUUUUGUUGUGCAUGCGGAAAUGGGUGAAGCACUGACUAUUCGAGAUAUGCCAGAACAUAGUGGCAUUGAGCCUGCCAUCGAUCAACUGCGACAGCGUUUGUUAGACAGCGUUGAACAAGCAGUUGGGGAGACACGAGUGCCACCCAGCGGCCAUGCUGAUGACGUGAAGGAGCGGCAAUUAUUUGUUGAGGUGGUGCUUCGGGUCGCAAUCACCGGCGCACUAGUAAAGUAUUACACGGAGUCGUACUCCAUAAAAGAUGCAGACGACUCGAAGGGCGGCGAUGAUAGGCAAGAGCGGAAGCAGUGGAUAACACAGUUGACAAAGGACCGCUUUGCUCUUGGACUUUUGCACGUUUUCGAAGUGUUCCAGGAGGUUCACUCGAUGCGGCGGACCAACUAUCAGCAUCGACAAAGCAACACCACCGUUGGCACCGUUGGCUGGGACACCCUUUUACUUCUUCACUUUGUCCAUCGCAUUCCGUGUGCCGCUCGCGACGCAAGCCCCGGUGUGAUAGACGAGGCAACAGGACGGAUAGUGCGAAGUUGGCGGAAGCUACUACAGUCUCUUCAGGUUGUGGACCCCGGCCUCUCACCGGAGUUUUCUAGACGUCGUGGUGCCCUUGCGGUGUGUAAUGGGCUGUUGAGCAUAUUGUUCCGUCGAUACAACGUUCAUCAGUGCCGAGUGCUUAUCAACACCAUCGUGCAGGCCGAACGAGUGACCGAAACCGGGGGUGCCGCGGGCAGGGAAGUGCUUAAGCCGGCGCAGCACAUGACAUCGGAGGUGCUGACUUUUUACUAUUACAAGGGCCGUGUGGCGCUCUACGAUCACCAGGCGCGCGAGGCAUUCGCUGCGUUGCAGCAGGCCUAUCAACUACUCCCACCACCAGGUAGUGGCAACAUCGUGCAGCAUCGUAACAAGCAGCGCGUGAGAUUUUUCUUAACCGUUGCGGGGGUUGUCAGCGGUCGCAUGCCGCCAGAGGAGAUCCAGCAACGUGAUGACCUCAUCGUCUACAUAUUUCAGCCGAUCCUUAAAGCUAUACAGCGGGGAGACCCGCGUGCCUUCAGCAUCGCCGUGGAUGCGUAUGGACCGAUCUUGCGAAGAAGGGGCGUGUAUUUUAUAUUACAGCGUGCAAAAUUGCUUUGUUUUCUCAUUCUAGUGGCCCGGGUGCACGCCACAAUGGAUGCUUGUGGUGAAGACAGUACACGGAUACCACUGCGGGUGCUCACUACAAUGUAUAUAAACAUUGCAAGGGAAGGGAAAAUGAUAGCCGAUCAAGACAGCGCCGCACGUGAAACGACCGAAAGGAGGCCGAAACGGCAACGGAACGAGGACGAGAUUGACGAUGGUCUUGCCUUAACAGAUAGCGAAAUGACUUGGUGGGUGGCAAAGCUUAUAUCUACUGGUCUACUUCGUGGGUACAUCUCAUGCGAGCAUAAAGUGGUUGUUUUGUCACGCCAGAAUCCAUUUCCGACAUUAGUCGCAGGUGAAUCAGCUGCGCCACUGCAGGGAUAG